CAUGCGCACAGUGGAUUUAAACUCGCAGCGGAGAGUUUUCUUUUCACUCGGACGUUUGCGUCGUCUGUAAACCGACAUGUAGCCUCCUGCUCGGGCUCUCGUGUCUCUUUUAAUGUAGUACGUUUUGUUUUUAGGCCAUAUUUUAACCGGAUAUCUUCGUUUCGGGAGCUGCCGUGCGUCUGGCGGAGCUGGUUCGGUGUCCGGGAGUUUCGCGGUGGCCGCCGGUGCGGAGAGGACACAGAGGCGGGAUGUUGGCCACGCUCCGGCGGUCGGCAGCUCUCUGGAUCACCGCUGUGCUCCUCCUGUGUCGGGUGGAGGCGCAGUACUCCAGCGACCAGUGCAGCUGGAGAGGGAGUGGUUUGAGCCAUGAGUCUCAUCGUAGAGACGUGGAGCAGGUCUACCUUCGCUGCUCUCAGGGGUCUCUGGAGUGGCUCUACCCCACUGGGGCCAUCAUUGUCAACCUUCGACCGAACACAGAGCCCUCAUGGGGACGCGCAGCAGGGGUUCAUGCGUGCAUAAAGCCCCAGCCGUACUCCCAGGGUUCUCAUGUGUAUCUGGAGCGUGAAGGAGACCUGCAGAUGCUGCUUGCAGAGAAGGAGCAAGUUCUGGGCACGGUGCACUGUUUCAGCCUGGCAGAGGGGGCUCUGUUUGUGGAGGCCAUCCCACAGACAGACAUCAGCAGGAGGAUCACCGCUUUCCAGUAUGAGCUGGUGCCCCUCCAGGGACCAGGGGCCCACAUGUACCCAUACCUGCAUCCUGCUUCAGUUUCCUGUAAACCCUGUUCAGAUGAAGAGGUCCUCGUGGCCGUGUGCUCCAGCGACUUCGCUGGCGUUGGUGUGUUUCGAGGCGUGGCAUCAGGUCCAAGCGAGCACUCCUUGGUUGUGGUGACUCUCAGUCGGCUGUUUCGUCAAAAGAGCGGCGUGUUCGCGUGGGGCGGAGCCAGAGGACGGGGCUGGAGUGGACGUGUGAACGUUCCCGGACGUUGUGGCGUGCAUCCAGGACAGGACGAGUACCUUCUGACCGGAUCCACCCAUUUUAGUGAGGCAUGGCUCGGCUGUGCACCUCGCUACAAGGACUUCUUGAAGCUGUACGCCGAAGCACUGAACACAGGGACGAACCCUUGUCAAAUAGACACGAACUGA